AUGCGGCGCCUCUCUGCUUUAGCUUCUGCUACGGGUUGGAUGCACCAGAAGCAUGCCCAGUAUGAAGCCACUGAGGUUGAGCUGAAAAGCUCUCUUAACGAGCGUCGGCGCAGCGCCAUCGCGGCCUGGAAAAUCCGAAUGCGGGACCUUUCUAAGGUUCAGGACAUUCGAGCACAGGUUCGUUCCACGUCGGCUGGUCUUGAUGGGAUUACCUUCCACCACAUCGGCGAUCUGGAAGAUGAGCAUCUUCAGCGGCUUGCUGCCUUGUUCAAUGCGUUUGACAAUUGGCUUCCCUUUCCGACUUCAUGGAACACUGCUCGUCUGAUCUGUAUUGCAAAAGACGAUGGUUCGGCACGGCCUUUGUCCAUCUUGCAUACUGUUUACAGAAUGUGGGCGGCCCGUACUGUGAAGCAUUUGAGCGAGUGGUGCUCCUGGUUUCCUGAUGAGCUCGUGGGUGGUGGCAGUGGAGGCCCUCCUGCUGUCGUCACGGGGAACGAGGUUUCCUCCUGGCUUGCUGCCGCGUAUGGCGAUGGUACAUUUUUGGCUGGUGCCAGUCUUGACACGAGGAAGUGUUUUGAUUCUGUGAGCCUGCUGAGUCUCAGAGUUCUGCUGCGAGGCGCGGGGGCUCCUUUUUGCAUGUUCAAUGUCUUGAACAUCUGGCAGUCUCUUACGAGAUAUGUGUGGACCAUCGAUGGACCCACCGGCGUCACCAUCAAGGCUACGGUGCAGAAGGGGCUGCCGCAAGGUGACCCUCUUGCCCCGUGGGCACUGAAUCUGGUCAUGGCUGCUUGGGUGUGGAGCCUCCCCAAGCUUGAUCUGCUUCGUGUUUUCUUGGAUGACAGAUGCCUCUUGCAUAAAGAUGUGGGCACGCUCGCAUCGGCGCUUCGUUGCACGACAGUCUUCGAUGCAGCUUUUGGUUUGAGCAUUCAUCCAUUGAAGUCUUGCAGAUUCUUCGUGGAGCCAGCUCAAGAUGAUGGUUCUGUACGAAGGGGCCUGCUUGCAGCAUACCUGAAAGGUCUGUACGCUGAGGGUACGCCUGUGUCUCAGCUGGUCAUUGAUAAGCUUAGGUUGGUUCGUCACGUUCUGAAGCUUUUGGGCUGGUCGUGGCCGGAUUGGGAGCAUGUUUGUUCUCGAGAGGAUUGCUCGAUCAGUUUGACCGACCUGGCGCGCAAAGAUCGGGUAGGUAUCGACAGACGGCGCACGUUGCAGCCGCUGAUCGAGCUGGGAUGCCGUCGUCGCACCUUCGGGUGGGACGGCUCUGACUUAGGUGCUCGCUACGCCCGCUUCCUCGCGGACGCGCUGUGGAGCAGACACCGUCUGUUCAAAGCAUCUAAAGUGGCUGAUGCGCGCUGCCGGCGCUGUGGCCUCGAUGACGAGCACACCGAUCAUUUCUUAUGGUCUUGCAGAGCCAAUGACGCUGCGCGACGAGAGCUGUCAGCUGAUUGGACGGCAGCCAUGGUUUUCGGGAG